AUGCCAGUUAUUCAGACCCUACCACGACCCAUCGCCGACACGUGGUACCUUGCGUACGGUUCAAAUCUGAGCACUCAGAAGUUUAUUGAUGACCGGGGCAUCACGCCGCUGUCCGCAGUUGCCGUGAUCGUCCCAGGAUGGACAUUGACAAUUGACAGCGCAGGGUUUCCGUAUUCAGAACCCGCAUUCGCGAGCAUUUCCCCAAUUCAUCACACUGGGAACAAAAAGGCUGUCGAACUGAUCGGCACAGCGUACAAACUUGACCCGGAUAUGUACCAAAAGGUCCUCAAGUCUGAGGGUGGAGGCAUAGCGUAUGCAGAAAUUGAGGUCUGGGCUAUCAAUAUGUCAGAGGAAGACCCGAAUGGCAUUGCAACUAGCAGCACCUUUGCAGCUCUUCUUCGGAUGGGGGCUGAUGCAGCUAAGUUCCCUUUGGCAUACCAGAAGUUCUUGGCAGGUAUCACAGAAUAUCACCCCUCCGAAAAGCCGAUGGCGAAACUUGGAGCAUCUCUGUUCCUGGCCUUCUGGAGGCCGGUGAUGUCGUUAAUGGAAAGGAUUACUAAGGCGAGUUUGAAAAAUCGCAGCACGGGCUACGCACCAAUUUGGGUCAUUGUCAUGGUUAGGAUAGUAAUGGUCAGCAUGUGGUUUUAUCACGAUUUUGUCCAUGCACCGAUCUGGGGAAGGGGAGAUGGUAUGGGCAGUGCCCUGGUCUUGUGA